AUAUUGCCUGCCUCCUCUGCUGUCUUGGGAAACGGGUAGAGGAAUUAGAGCGGCCGUGCUGUCACUGAGCUCUCGUCAGCGCUCCUCAUCCAGUAAACAGCGCGGGGGGGCGGGGGGUUCUAACGGGAAAGCGAAGGCUCUAUUUUUACCCGCCGAGGAAAGAAUAAAGCAGCAGGAGGGGGUGACAGCGCCUUCCAUCCUCCGCGGAGCCGGUUGGCGUGUAGAGGUGGUGGAGCCCCAGAGAGCUGCAGGAAGACGGAGGACGACUUAUUUGUGUUUCAUCAGCAAGAAGGAAGUGGAGGAGAGAGAAAGAUGCCCAAACCGGUAAAUGUACGCGUCACCACCAUGGAUGCUGAGCUGGAGUUUGCCAUCCAGCCAAACACGACAGGAAAACAGCUCUUUGACCAGGUGGUGAAGACUGUGGGUCUGAGGGAGGUCUGGUUCUUCGGCCUGCAGUAUACAGACAGCAAAGGCUACGUGACGUGGCUCAAACUUAACAAAAAGGUGACCCAACAGGAUGUUAAAAAGGAGAAUCCUCUGCAGUUUAAGUUCAGAGCAAAGUUUUUCCCAGAAGAUGUUUCUGAGGAGCUAAUCCAGGAGAUCACACAGAAACUCUUCUUCCUUCAGGUCAAAGAGGCCAUUUUAAAUGAUGAGAACUACUGCCCUCCUGAAACAGCUGUCUUACUCGCCUCCUAUGCUGUUCAAGCCAAGUAUGGAGAUUAUAGCAAAGAUGUCCAUAAGUCUGGCUACCUGGCAAACGACCGGCUGCUUCCACAGAGAGUUCUGGAACAACACAAGUUAACAAAGGAGCAGUGGGAGGACAGAAUACAGACUUGGCACGAGGAGCACAGAGGAAUGCUCAGAGAGGAUGCAAUGAUGGAGUACCUGAAGAUUGCUCAGGACCUGGAGAUGUACGGCGUUAACUACUUUGAAAUAAAAAACAAGAAGGGCACAGAGUUGUGGCUGGGCGUCGACGCGCUGGGGCUCAACAUUUACGAGCACGAAGACAAACUGUCGCCAAAGAUCGGCUUCCCGUGGAGCGAGAUUAGAAACAUUUCCUUCAACGACAAGAAGUUUGUCAUCAAACCCAUUGAUAAGAAAGCUCCAGAUUUCGUCUUCUAUGCCCCUCGGUUGCGCAUCAACAAGCGGAUCCUGGCGUUGUGUAUGGGAAACCACGAGUUGUACAUGAGAAGAAGGAAGCCGGACACCAUCGAGGUGCAGCAGAUGAAGGCUCAGGCAAGGGAGGAGAAACACCUCAAACAGAUGGAGAGGGCGCAGCUGGAGAAUGAGAAGAAAAAGCGUGAGCUUGCAGAGAAGGAGAAGGAGCGGAUUGAAAGAGAGAAGGCUGAGCUGAUUGAGAGGCUGAGGCAGAUCGAAGAGCAGACGCAAAGAGCUCAGAAAGAACUGGAGGCACAGACCCGUCGGGCCUUGGAGUUAGAGCAGGAACGAAAGCGAGCGAAGGAAGAAGCCGAGCGGCUUGAGAGGGAGAGGCAGGCGGCAGAAGAGGCCAAGGCAGCGUUAGCUCAGCAGGCAGCCGACCAAAUGAAGACCCAGGAACAGCUGGCUGCUGAGUUAGCAGAGUUUACAGCCAAAAUCGCUUUACUUGAGGAGGCGAAAAGGAAAAAGGAGGAGGAAGCAUCAGAGUGGCAACACAAAGCCAUUUCGGCACAAGAAGACCUGGAAAAGACAAAGGAAGAGCUAAAGACGGCCAUAUCCUCUCCACCAGCGCCUGAACACGACGAGCACGAUGAAACCAACGCAGAGGAAAGCGUCGAGCUGCCAAGCGACGGCGGCAGCAGCCACCGCAGCGAAGUGGAACGCAUCACUGAGGCGCAGAAGAACGACCGCGUGAAGAAACAGCUCCAGGCUCUGACCUCAGAGUUGGCGGAAGCUCGAGACGAUACCAAGAAAACGCAGAACGACAUGCUCCACGCCGAGAACGUCAGGGCAGGAAGAGACAAGUACAAAACCUUGCGACAGAUCCGCCAGGGCAACACUAAGCAGCGCAUCGAUGAGUUCGAGUCCAUGUGAAGCGCCGACAACAGCAGACAGAUAAAAGCUGAAAAGAGACGGUUUGUCUCAUUGCCAUGUCAGCGCCUCACUUUACUUCUAAAAGCCCAAAACCUGCUUACCACUUCAGGGCUGUUUUUUUUUUUUUCCUUCUGUUCAGGAGGAAGAGCAGCUGUGAGGCUUUUUGCAAGUUCAGCCUCAUUAAGGCUCUGCCUGCAAGCAGCUGGCCUAUUGCACUCCUUUCUGCUAUCAGGGCUCCGCCCUCAACCUAACAAAGCAGUUUUUUUUUUUUUUAUUGAGCUGAAAAAAAA